GUUCCAGGGAGUCAGGAUUGAACCGAGUCUGUGUACCGAAUACAAACCAGUACGCUUACGAGGGGUCGAAUCCUAUCUGGAUGGAGCAGUACGAUCACGUGUAUGCAAACAAUGUGAAGGAGGAUGAGGACGAUACGAACAGUCAGAACUCGCUUGAUGAGAACCUGGUGGACGGCUCUAACCAGCACAUCUCCGUCAUCAGUAAGUCGCAGUACGACAAGACACCACUCAACGGUCUGGAGCCGAGUCACACAGCGCGCAACGACCUCAACAAGCGACAACUGAAGCAGAAACAGAAGCAGCAGCAGCAGCAGCCGACAGACCACGAGUAUGAGGAACCGGAUAAGCUGAAACAGUCAAAACUUCCCACCACCGACAUCUAGAAAGAGAUAUAGAAAGAGAAAGAGAGAGGGAGAGAGAAGGGGGCGCCAGUGAUGCAGUGACGUGGGUGAACAGAGAGAGAGAAACGGGGAGAGAAAGAGGGAGAGAGACAGAGGAAGACAGGGCAGAGAAGGGGGUAGAGAAAGUAAGUGA